UUUAACGCUAGUUCUACGUGUCAUAUGAGUGUUAACUUUUCAGAAAAAGAGCUGUCAAAAUGGUAAAUAAAGAACAGGUGAAGAGAGACAUAAAAGAACUGUGCAAAGAUGAUAAGUACUCGAUUCUGCUUCCUACUUACAAUGAAGUGGAGAACUUACCAAUAAUAACAUGGCUUAUUGUAAAAUAUAUGGAAGAGAGCGAGCUCGCCUAUGAAAUUAUCAUAGUAGACGAUGGUUCUCCAGAUGGGACUCUGGACAUAGCUAAGCAAUUGCAACGAGUUUACGGCGAGGAUAAAAUAAUUUUAAAGCCCAGGGAAAAGAAGUUGGGAUUGGGGACCGCUUAUAUGCACGGAAUUAAAUAUGCAACUGGAAAUUUUAUCGUUAUCAUGGAUGCUGAUUUAUCUCAUCAUCCCAAGUUUAUUCCAAAAAUGGCCGAGUUACAACGAUAUCUCAGCUUAGAUAUAGUUAGCGGUACAAGGUAUGCGCAAGGUGGUGGCGUCUAUGGUUGGGAUUUCAAGAGGAAGUUAAUCAGUAGAAGUGCAAAUUUUCUAACUCAGAUCUUGUUAAGACCUCGUGCAAGCGACUUAACUGGUAGCUUUAGGCUUUAUAAAAAAGACGUCCUGGAAAAAUUGAUACAAUCUUGUGUAUCAAAAGGAUAUGUAUUCCAAAUGGAAAUAAUAGUCAGGGCUAGGCAACUUAAUUACACAAUAGGAGAAGUACCAAUAACAUUUGUUGACAGAGUCUAUGGUCAGUCCAAAUUGGGUGGUUCAGAGAUCUCCCAAUUUGCAAAAGGCCUUUUGUAUCUUUUUGCUACUACGUAACUGAACAUUCCUUUAGAAGAAGAGAAAUCCUAAUCCUAUCAAGUCUCCUUCCUGGCCAAACAUUCGCAUUUUGUACUACUUGUGAGACCAAUUUAUAUGAAUAUAUGUUGAGAAAAAAAGUUGUAAGUAGUUGAUACAUUUUUCUCUAAUUAAGUUAAUAAAAUGUUUAUAAAUUGCUACUUAUAUUUCU